AGGCGCGACUGGGAUAGUACCGUCCAUGAUUUGACAGUGCACCGUGCCACUCCGGAGGAUAUCCUGCGUCGUCAUGAAAUACACAAGUCAAAAAACAAAUCACUGGCACAUCUGGAACUGCAAGAGAAAGCACUGAAAAGAAAAUGGAAGAAGCAAAGGCAACUGGAUGCUGAUUCCUUAGAGAAAAGAAAAUUGACUCUGAUGUGUGAGGCUCUUAAUGAAGAGGAAGUAUCAGAAGAUGAACACCAUAAUCCUCCGAAUUUUAAAUCCAGCAGCGUUUCUGACAGGCUACUUCGGUUGUUGAGAGAAGAAAAUUCCUUGGUGAAUUCUCAGUUGUGGGCUGAAAAGAAUGUGAGGAAAACCAUCUUAUCACCAGAAUCAAAUAUGCCUUUGACUCCAGCAACUGUUUCUCCAUCAUUGGAUUGUUCAGCCCUCAAUGCUACCAGUGUAGUCAAGAGAACCCAGUCAAGACUUCAGAAUGAAGACAAAGAAGACACUGAAGACUUCACUUACAUUUUGAGACAAGUGCUGAACCCAAAAUCAAGGAAACAAAGGGAAAUCGAAGCAAAGAUGAAAAGAAAGCAAGCCACACAGGACUCUGCAAGUCAGAGGGGAGAUGAUUCUUCAACUAAUUUAAUCCCCAGUGACCUUCAGAGGGACAACAAAUCCAGCUUAGAUGUUCUCAACCACAUGAUACAUGAAGUGGAGCAUGAAUUGGAGGAAUAUGAGCGACGUACAGGUUGUGAGGUUCAAAAAAAAGGGAGACAUGAAGGCCUCUCUGGGUUUACACUGUCACUGGUGAAUGCCCUCUGUCGCUUGAUGCGCUGCCUCAAAAAGAGUGAGAUGCAGCUGUGUGAGAAAGAGGUGCUGAGGCAGCAGCAGGAGGAGAUGUUGAAUGAACACCGAGAACUGAUUGAUGCUCUGACUGCGGAAGUACUUCUACUGAGGGAAGAAAACGUUACUAUGCAGAAGAAGCUUCAGCAGUACAUGACAGUAACAAAUGAACAGCUGAUGUCUCUCACACAAGCAUUUAAAGGCUUCCAUUUGGUAGAACCUGAAAGAGAACAAAGUCCAAAACAUUUUGAAAUUGCAAGCAAAGGUCCAGCAAAUGGCCAAGUAAAACCUGAUUUGACCUAUUCUGAGCCCAAGACUGAUGCAGGCAACAGGGAAAAUAUGCUCAGAUUUCCACAGGAAGAACUUCCUUCCAUGUUUCCCCCAGAGCCAGGUGCUUUAGGUGAUGUGGGAUCUGGUAGAAGCUUACCAGCUCACAUCUUCCAGCCAGCUGUGCUGUUGUCACCCCCUCGGCAGAAGAGCAGUCAGCAAUUGUCUUCCCUCCGGAACGUGUUUACAACCAUUUCUCAGUGUCCUGAAAACACUGCAAGUGAUCCAUGCAAGGAGAGGAGCUCACCUUCCUCCCUGAGAACACAGAGCACAACUGAGGAAAAUUGUCUCAUCUCUCAAAGGCAACCCAUUCCUCCUGCAGACGAAGACUUGGAGAGUUCCCAUGAGAAAAUCAAUCUGUCCUGUCCAGUCGACACUAGGAAAAAUAGCACAGCUGAGGAGUUAUUUCACAGUGGUGAUCUGUUGGGACAGAUAGCCGAGCUCACAGGGCAGAAUGCUCUAAUUAAAGCUCAGCUGAGCAAAUUCAGAGGCUUCUCUGGAGACAGAAGUGACUGUCUAAAUCAACCAGACACAAUACAAAAUGCAAAUCCUACUCCAGAGUCAUCACAAGGAUAG